UCUUAUCUCAACAAACUGAACAUACCUUGCUUCGCGGGAGGCAAUAGCAGUUAUGCAAAUCUACCUAAUUUCCAAAGUUGGGGACCCCUUUUUCGCCUUCACAAUAGGAGUCUCUGCUGCCUUCCUCCGGAUCUGUCGGGACCAGCGCGAGAAAUUCCCUGAAAGGGCCCAGGAAAUCGGAUACGGCGAGGUUUUGCAGAUGGGAGGAAGAAGGUUACGCAGAUGGUGGGAGGGGGAUUUUGAGGGUCUAUGAACGAUGAAUAGACGGCGGUAUUUCCAGGGUCUGGUCGAAUGAGGUAUAAAACUCAAUGUCAGUAUAGACAACUGAAAAUAAUCGAUCAUCUCUAUUCUCGACUAUUUGCGUCUC